GCGGCCCGCGGCGGCGGCCUCGCGCCCGGCGCCCCGGCGCGGGGAGGGGCAGGGCGCUCGGGCCGCUCAGCUCGUGGACAGCAUCCGCAGCGGGAGCCUGAGGCAGUGGGAGGUGGCCAAGAGCGUGGAGGCCAAGGCCGCGCUCGGCGAGCUGGGAGACCUGAAGGAGUGCACCCGGGCCAUCAGCGCCCUGGGCGCCGAGGGUCUCUGGGAGUCGGCGGUCGGGCUGCUGCAGGAGAUGCGCCUGCGGCCCGACGGGGCUCCUGACGCAGUGGCUUGGAGCGCUGCGAUCACGGCCUGUGAGAAGGUGUGCCCUGCGGGAGGCCGCUGCUCGUCACACCGAGACAGGGGUGCCGCUCCGAGAAGCCGAGGCGGCCUGAAGAUCGGGAGGAGGCACCUGACCAGCGCCGCCAACUUUGGGGGGAGCUGCACGGAGAGAAGCCCUCGGAGGUCCGCAUGCACUUUUUUGUGCCGGCGCUGGGCUCCGAGCGCGGCAGCGGGGCCCCAGCUCCGCGGCCUCCGCGGCUUCCCGGCCUAUGGCCGGGAGGCGGCCACGGCCACACCACAGCUCCAGAGUGCGCCGUGGUCGGUGCCGAGCGGCGACGCUGCGGCGCAGCUGCCCGUUGCCGUCGGGCAGGGCCAGGCCGACCGGAAGUGUCUCCUGGCCCCGGCCUUGGCAGUGGAGUCUUGGGCGGCUGCGCGAUGCGGAAAAG